AUGUUGGCACCGCACUUGGAUUUGCCGCUGUGCAAGCUACCGGAAGCAGCAGAAAAGCAAGCGGACAAAUCCGUUGAGCUCACGUCAAUAGGUGCAGAUCUUGUACCAACAGGAUUCCCCGGUGUGUUCAAUGCCACUUGCCCAAACCGACGGCCUGGCGUAUGCACUGUCCAGGGAUCGGUCCCUUUGUCACCGGGAGAGAGCUUCAAGCUGCGAGUUCUGCAUCUUGGGACGUUUGGUGAAAUUGCCAUUGGGCUUUGCGCCGGCGAUACCAAUCGCGACAUGGUUGGAUGGUCACGUGGCGAGGUCGGGUUCCAUGGUGAUCACGGAAGAUCAUUUGUUAACGGCCAUGAUGCUCGAGAUCUGUGCAGCACUCCAUGGUCUACUGGCCAUGAAAUCGAAUGCGGCUUGACAGCGGGUGCAAACGUCUACUUCAAGCACGCGGGGGAAGGUAUUGAACAUGUUCUGGAAAUGCCAGGCCGUUGGCAGAUUUCUUUUGCAUAUCCUACCGUCACACUGCGCUCCGGUGGAGCAAAAGUGGAAGUGGAUCUGCGAGGAGUGGAGGACAAGCCGCUGAAGGAUUUGCUUCCGCACAGUGGCCCAGAAUCAAGCAUGCAAGCGGGUGAGUCUUCAGCGCAUCUGAGAUCCAAAUCAUCUGCUCUGACAUUGUUGACCUCCUUCAAGAGGACUGUCAUUGCAGAAGAUGAGUGCCAAGAAGGCCCCGGAGUUACCACGCUAGAACGCUGGCUUGCUCCGUGGUGCUGCCAAAGCAUGGAGGUGGACCACGCUCCAUCAACCAUUGUCGCCUAG